GAGAGAGAAAAUAUGAAACUUAGGGAUUGAAACAAAUGGUGAAGAUGAAAAAGGAGGAGCUCUCAAUUUUGAAGCCCUUUUGAAAAAAUUUCCUUUCCCCUCGGCAAGCUCACUACGCGAAGAAUUCAGUUCCUUUCUCUCUCUCUCUCUCCAUCUUUCUGGUUGAUUUUCUCGCAGCUUUACGUCUCCAGCACGGUCUCUGUUUUCCAUUUCGUAUUUAUUCUCUCUCUGUUAUCCGGAGAGGAGAAAGGUUGGUGGAGUAAUUCAUUGAAUCUAUCUAAUCCGGAUCGACGAGUUUCAGGUUUAUUUGGGAUAUGGCUGAGGAUAAAGCCGCUGGAGAAGGUGAAAAGAAGGAUACUGUUGCGGAUGCUGCCGAGAAGAAGAAAUCCCCGGGGAUUUUCUCGCGGCUUUGGAGUGGUAUCUUCCGUGUACGCGGCGAUGAUUUUGAGAAGAGGCUUCAACACAUUUCUAAGGAAGAAGCCGCUGUGCUUGCUAGGUUGAAGCGUAGAGCCCUAACCUGGCGGCGAAUGGCCAGAAAUCUUAUUGUAUCUUCUGUCAUUUUUGAGAUUAUUGCAGUUUGUUAUGCUAUCAUAACUACAAGAACUGUAGAUAUGAACUGGAAGAUGAGAGCAUUUAGAGUUUUACCCAUGUUCCUUUUGCCUGCAUUAUCAACCCUGGCUUAUACAACAUUUCUUAGCUUCACAAGAAUGUGCGAUCGGAAGGACCAAAAAACCCUUGAAAGGUUGAGAGCUGAGAGGCAAGCUAAAAUUGAUGAACUUAAGGAGAAAACUAAUUAUUACACUACUCAGCAGCUCAUCCAGAGGUAUGACUCUGACCCCGCUGCAAAGGCCGCAGCUGCAACUGUAUUGGCUUCUAAGUUGGGAGCAGAGUCAGGCUUAAAGGUUCAUUUGGGCGACGAAUCCAACCUUAAUGUUCCAUUAGGGAAAAGCAAUGAUGUUGAACUCGUGCCUGCUGGUGGUGGGCUUCGGAACAGAAAACAAGGUCACUCCCGUUCCAGUAGCGUAGGCAGUGCUUCAUUGCAUCAUUUCGAUGAAGAUGCACGUCGUCCUGCUGUAUCAGAAGGUCCUCAUGCUUCUGAACAUAAUCAGUUGGUCGUCGAUCAUUACAAUCCUGAAGGACUAGCUGCAAAUAAUGGAGGAUGGUUAGCUCGAAUCGCUGCAUUGCUCGUUGGAGAGGAUCCAACGCAGUCCUAUGCACUCAUCUGUGGAAACUGCCAUAUGCACAAUGGGCUUGUCAAGAAAGAAGAUUUCGCAUUCAUUACGUACUACUGCCCACAUUGUCGUGCCUUGAAUCGAUCGAAUCAAUCAGAGGAACAAGUUUCUGGGCAGGGUAGUCCAAGUGAUGGUGGUUCUAUAGGAGCACCAAGAAGCUCUAGUGACCCAUUAGUACUCACCAGCAAUGUCAAUGCAGAAACAAUUUCUGAGAUUCAGGACACCAUAAAAGAAACGAAAUCUGGAAACGAAGUUAACGACGGAGUAAAGGUACGCACAGCUGAAACGACGUAAUUAUAAUAAUACACCACGAAACUAGAUUUGUUUGAUCAUUGCAUUGCAUUGCUUGGGGUUGUUAUCCCUUGUUCAUAUUGUGGGCGUUAUUGAGAGAAACACAUUAUCUGCUUGAUUGAUAUCUUGUAAACUGGCACGGUUGAGGUGAGUUAACUUUGUUCUUCGUUUCUUCAUUUUAUUGCCUUAGAGUUGAUGGUGUAUACAUAAUAGAUUACAUGGAUUUUCUUGUAAACAUGUAAAACUGUUGAGUUUUGACUUUUAAUGGAAGUGUCCAAAAGAUCAUCAUACUUCUUUUUCUA